GCUGCGAGUUAUUUAAUUUCAGAGGUCUCUGGCCAUGGAAGAGAAAACGGAAUUGUUGAUUCUACACCUAAAAUUCCACAUAAAACAGUGAGUAAGAAAGUUGGGCAACUGGCUUUUAAUGAAGGAGCAGCAUCCAGAUCUGGUAUAGCUUCUCAGACAGCAUCAGGUGUAUUAUCUGGCUCAGGUGUUUUAAAUGCUAGACCUGGAAGCACGACUUCAUCAGGGUUACUCUCCAACAUGGUAUCAACAAUGAAUGCGGAUGCUGCCAGGGAGUACUUGGAAAAGGUUGCAGAUCUACUUCUUGAGUUUGCUCAAGCAGAUACAAUUGUUAAGUCCUACAUGUGCAGCCAAAGCUUGCUCAACCGGCUUUUCCAGAUGUUCAAUCGCAUUGAACCACCUAUUCUUUUAAAGAUACUGAAGUGCAUUAAUCAUUUGUCCAUGAUCCAAACUGCUUGGAGAAUCUUCAACGAGCAGAUGCUAUUAAGUAUUUGAUCCCAAAUCUAGAACUCAAAGAUGGGCCUCUUGUUUCUCAAAUACAUCAUGAGGUCCUCAAUGCCCUGUCAAUUUGUGCAAGA